UAUAGUUAACAUUCAGCCUCUUAAAGUAUUAGUACACAGCAGUACAGUCCAGCAACUUGGCUCCAAAAGACCUGAGAAAGCAUUGAGAUAUGGAAAGAAGAGAUGUAAGGGAGAUGAUCACUGAUGCAAGCAGAGAUGCUAGAAACCGUCAUAAUGUCAGGACAGAAACAGAGAACUCAGACACCAAGAGACACCAAACACCUCGACACACAGGAAGUGACUGUGUGAAGAGCAGAAGCUCCAGAGCAGCUCCAGUGUGUUUGGUGCUGCUGUGUGUUCUUCUGCUGACUGCUGUCAUAGUGCUGGGUGUCAAUCUCCAUAAUAUGAUUGAGGAGUUUUACAUCAAGAACAAAAACCUCACCGACGAGAUACAGGAGUUAAAAACCAACAAAUCUAACUUGAAAAAUAAUAUAAAAAAAAUAUCAUCUGAGAAAAUAAUCCUAACUGCAGAAAAGCAAGACUUACAGAAGAAAAUGGAAGAAUUGUGGCAGCAGAUAAGCAAAAUGGAUGGAUGGAAGUGCUAUCAAUCCAGUCUCUACUAUGUUUCCUCAGAGAAUAAGAACUGGACUGAGAGCAGAAGAGACUGUACAGAGAGAGGAGCAGAUCUGAUCAUCAUAAACAACAGAGAGGAACUAGACUUUGUGAAAAAAGUUUCUGGUGGUUCUGAAGUCUGGAUCGGUCUGACUGAGGUGGAGGGCACAUGGAAAUGGGUUGAUAGCAGCAUACGGACCACUGGGUUCUGGGCUUCUGGAAAACCUAGCUCUGGUAAUGAGGAUUGUGCUGUAAAUCUGUCAUCAGGGUUUGCUGAUUAUUCAUGUGAUAAACCUAUUAAAUGGAUCUAUGGAUGGACGUGCUAUCAAUCCAGUUUAUACUACAAUUCCUCUGAAGAGAAAAACUGGAAUGACAGCAAUCAAGAUUGUUUGAAGAGAGGAGCAAAUCUAACUAUUAUAAACAGUAACGAAGAACAAGAUUUUUUAAAAAUUUACGGUGAAGUCUGGAUUGGUCUAACUAAUAUGGAGGGAACAUGGAAAUGGGUUGAUGGCAGCACACUGACCCCUAGCUUCUGGGGAUAUGGAGAGCCCAAUGAACAUACAAAGAAGGACUGUGCUGUGAAUUCAAAGCGUCAAGGCAAUCCAGGGUGGAACUACUAUCCUUGUAGUUCUACUUUUAAAUGGAUUUGUGAAAAAUAAAAUCUGUAAUAUGAUCGCUAA